AAUGUCAACACUCAAAUAACUACGAAGUAUUGCGACACAAGCGACUUAUUUUCACCUUGACAUUUGGAUUGGAAAGCAUUUUUUCUCCGAAAAGUGUGAUACACAAUUUUUUCUUUUUUUGUUGUGGGACCAAAGAUGUCGGGUUUGUUCCGGAGUGCUGGGGACAUCAUAUUUGAUGACUAUCAGCCUAUGCCAGGUCAAGUCAGCAAUGUGCAGUUGAAGAAGUUUUCUGAGACCAGCAACUUCCUGCAGUUUCUCAAGCCACUGACACCACAGCAUCCAUACUUCUUUGCUCAGAUACGGGCACUUGCCCAAAAUAGCAAGAUAACCUUGGGCAUUGCGGGCCCUGACAUUGAUGAGGAUGCCCACCCCGGACACUGGAACCACACCGUGGGUUACCACAUGAACACUGGCCAGUGCUUCUCAUCCCACAUGGACAGUGCCAACACAAAAGGGGAGAAGUUCUCUAUAGGGGACAUGUUUGGGGUGCUGAUUACACAUUUUGGUGAAGACAUGUCCACUGUCAUGUUUCUGAGGAAUGGGACACCUGUCGCAACAAGAUACCUGUUUGAAUCAGAUCAGAGCAAGUUCCUACCCACACUAUGUCUGGAGAAUGGACCAGUAGAUCUUGGUGUGAUGUGGCCGGAGGCAGCUCUCGGCGUACCCAGGUUUGAUGAGAACAAUAUGCUCAACUGGAUCAAGGACUCUGGUGUGCAGUAUGAUCCUGGCACAAACAUCUUCCACUAUGACAAGAAGCUACCCGAGGUUACACUGCAGUGCCCGGUACCUCUCAACAAGGAGCUGGUUCAUUACGAGGUGAUAGUGCAGGAGGCAGUGGAAGGGGAGAGUCCAGCCGUUGGCAUAGCAACCUGUAGCCCUUUGUGGCCGGUGCCCACUUGUGUUCUACUCAGGGAUUUCUUCCGAUGGAAGGCAGAAGGGACUGAUUUGAAGUCGGAGGUGGGUCAGCGUAUCGGGUUUGGAAUCCACUAUGGGCCAGAGGAGCGCAGCAAGCCGGACUUUGAUGAUAAGAAGCUACAGCUGGUUCUGUGCUUCGUUACCGUGGAUAUGCAGAUUGUGUUCUUCCGUAUGAUGCUCCAGCCUCCAGGGGGAUUCUUUCCCUUGGUCAUCCUGUCACGUGGUGCUUCCAAGGUGGAGCUGGAUCUGGCCACUAACAGGGACCUGGGUAACCAGGAGACCACGGAACUACUGGACAACAUUUACACAGAGAGGGCCACAGCAGCCCUACAGGUCAUUGAGGAGGACAAGCAGAGGAGAUUGUUAGACCUGUCCAAGUUCCGGAAGUCCGAUGACAUCGUCAUGGAGAUGAAUGAGCAGUGUUGCCGCCUCCAUCUGCCGGCAGAGAAGAAGCGAAUACAUGCAAUACAAUUACGGGUACCACUCUCUGAGGAGGCCUGUGUUUUCUACUGUGAGGUCAUCAAAAUGAAUGACGAUUCAGUAAUAGGCAUAGGUAUUGGUGAUGCCCAAUUCAACUUGUCCAAACACCCUGGCAAACACAAAAACUCCACUGGAUAUAUUUCUAAGGAUGGGAAACUGUAUUAUAACGAAAGGGAUCACACGGAUAAAUCUGUUAUUCGAUUUUCUGAAGGUGAUACCAUAGCUAUGGAGUUGAUUCACAUUAGCAACAGGAAUUGUAAUUCUGUGGUCCGUUUUAUCCGGAAUGGGUGCCCAGUCGGUACGCAGUUCGUUACCAUAAGCAACAAGGAAGAGCUGUUCCCAGUUGUGUCUCUAUGCGGGAAUGGAUACAGUGUUCACUUGAACGUGUUCUGGCAAAAUCAAGUGUCACAGGCCCAGGGUUUGAAAGUUGCAAACUUACAUCACUGGUGCUUACCUGAAGGUGCAGAAGUAGACAAUGACAGCAAGAUAGUCACUGUGAAACCAUUACGAAACUCAGUCUGUGUGCAGUGUCCAACCCCUUUGAACGAAUAUUUCAGCCAUUUUGAAGUGAAAAUUAUCGAUGAAUACGGGUUUGACAACCACCCGCCUCCACCGAUGAUUGCAUUAAGUUCUGCAUCCUCUAUGGACGUGACCAGUCCCACUGACCGAUCGCAUUUUCGGCUUGACCAUCUACGAUUCUGGGCGGUUGGCGAAGCGGCAGGAUCUGUGAAAGUGGGUGAUCUUGUUGGAUGGGGAAUGUUGAUUCCUGAAAGUCAGGUGAACGAACUGGAGCGGCUUGUGAUUUGUUUCCUCACCAUCAAUCGGAGCAUAGUGCUGACCCGGGUUGUGUUUGAGCCCGAGGGCGGAUGGUUCCCUAUUGUUCUGCUGGCUGCCGGUGUCAAACGGGUACAGUUUGAAUUUUCUGCCAUCAGAAUCACGGAACACCCACUUACAGAUGCCUACAUGGAGUCCCUUAUAACUGAAACCAAAGAGGUUCACGCCAAAGAGCUGGAGCUUAUAGCAGCUGGGAAGGACAUUGAUGAGCUCAACAUCAAGAAAACUGACUUAAUGAAAUAUUUACCAGAAGAAAUUGUAGAAAAAGACAGACUUAAAAACCUAGAAAGGCCAGCUAACGCCAAAAUGUCGGACGUUGUCAUGAAAGCUAAAGGCCUGGACAAUUUUCAGAAAGCUGUGAAAGGAUUCAGGGAUAUCAAGGAUAAAGGACAAGGUUCGAAGGCAUGCGUUAUUUUGUAAUAUUGGAUGGUUUGAAUGUUUGAUAAAGGUCAAGGUCUAUACAUUGUUCUGAAUAAAUGGUUUUGCUCAACAGUGUGCAUUAUUUUGUAAUCCUCAGUGUAUGCCAGGGAUACUAAUCAAGGCGCACAUUUUAUAAAGGGAUACUUAUAAAGGCAUACAUUUUAUAAAGGGAUACUUAUCAAGGCACACAUUUUAUAAAGGGAUACUUAUCAAGGCACACAUUUUAUAAAGGGAUACUUAUCAAGGCGCACAUUUUAUAAUGGAAAACUUAUCAAGGCACACAUUUUAUAAAGGGAUACUUAUCAAGGCACACAUUUUAUAAAGGGAUACUUAUCAAGGCGCACAUUUUAUAAAGGGAUAAUUGUCAAGGCACACAUUUUAUAACGGGAUACUAAUCAAGGCACACAUUUUAUAAAAGGAUACUUAUAAAGGCACACAUUUUAUAAAGUGAUACUUAUCAAGGCUCACAUUUUAUAAAGUGAUACUUAUCAAGGCGCACAUUUUAUAAAGGGAUACUUAUCAAGGUGCUCAUUUUAUAAAGGGAUACUUAUCAAGGCUCACAUUUUAUAAAGGGAUACUUAUCAAGGCACACAUUUUAUAAAGUGAUACUUAUCAAGGCGCACAUUUUAUAAAGGGAUACUUAUCAAGGCUCACAUUUUAUAAAGGGAUACUUAUCAAGGCGCACAUUUUAUAAAGGGAUACUUAUCAAGGCGCACAUUUUAUAAAGGGAUACUUAUCAAGGCUCACAUUUUAUAAAGGGAUACUUAUCAAGGCGCACAUUUUAUAAAGGGAUACUUAUCAAGGCGCACAUUUUAUAACGGGAUACUUAUCAAGUCUCAAACUGUAAAGAGUGAUACAUUUAAAGGCCCAAAGUGUAUGCAUGUACCAGGGAUAUACACUACUCAAUAUUUGAUAAGGAUCACUUUAUUUUCACAUUAUCUUCAAUUUUGGAUUACUUUCAUUUCAAAUUGUUAUUUUGCAGGUUUUGAUAUUAGAAUGUGUGUUUUUGAUUUUAUUUGUUUGUAUUGAUUUAUCAUUGAUGCGUGACGCUGGCUGAAUCUAGCUAGGGGUGAACUUCAAAUUGCACAUACUAUAAAAAGUGAUCCUUGAUCUUUUGAAUAAUAUAUAUCUAGGCUCAAAGGAAUCUGUUAUAUUGUAAAACAUCAAAGUUCAAAUGUGUGCAUUAUUCUGUUAAUCAUAUGUAUAUCAGUGUUAUAUGUCAAGGUUCAAAAGUGUGCAUUAUUUUGUUAUACACAGUGUUCAUAAGAUAGCAGUGUUGUAGGCUAAACUGUAAAGAGAGGAAGAUACACACAAUCUGGUCCUAAUGGUUCAUAUAAGGAAUAUAUAAAUAAUAAUUUUUAACUAGGGAUGCGAUCAAAUACAAAAAGUUAAAGUACAACUUUGUAUUCGGGUUUUUCAUAAACAGUCACUGUUGAAGACCUAAAACUGUGACUACAGACUUUUUUGUUUAAGCAGAAUUAUGCCCUUUUUGUACUUGAAUAUCAGGUUUACGUGCACAAUGAAGAUAAAGGUAUAUGGUAUAAAUACAUAUAUGCUUUAACUACUACAAAAUAGUCAAGCAUUCUAUCUUGGGGAAGCCUAAAAACGUCCUUUGAUAUUAUUUCUGGUAAUGUCUCAAACUUUUACUCCAUUUUAAAGGCCACUUAGCAUACAAUAACAGAUUUAAAUGACAAUCUUACCUAGACAUUAAGUUCCAAAGAUCAUCAACAUAUCAAAGGUUAUUUUUAGUAAGUAAAUAAAUAGUUAAUGUAGUUAGUCACUUGAAUGUCGUGAAGCACAGUUGCUCAAAAUUUGUAAUGGCCAAUACAGAUAACAACCCUUGACUUCUGAAGCAAGUAAUUUAUGUUCAUAAAAUGUUAAACCUUUCAAAUAUGUCAUGAUUGUAAAAAAUAGAUAUAGAAAUAUAUUUAGAAUGUCUUAUAAUUAUGUUGCUUUUAUUAAUGUUUAAAGUUUACAUUCUAUUAGCUUACGAGGCUAUUUAUGUUUUGAGCAACUUGCUUUGUUUGGCGCAUAUCGGUAGGCAGAUGAAACAUUUUAGUUUCACUGAUUAUUUUCAGUGGAAAUUAUUUUGAAAAUACUUUACAAAAGAUGUAUUGUUAUUUUGCCACUGAAACUCCUGGGUUGGUUUGUUACUGUCUGGUACAGGUCCUAUAGGCAGGGGAAGUGAAAGUAAUGCAGCUUUUGUGAUAUCUUUUAUUUCAACUAUAUACAUCUGUAUUAUCCUAAUCAGCAAUAUUUUGUAUAUAUAAACUAAUUUAUUAAUUUGUUAGUGAAACUCAUUGUUAAAUAACUACUUUUUAAUUAUAUAUGUCCGUAGUUUAAGUGAUAUUUAUUCUUUGUUGAAUUUUAACAUGCAUAUCAAUAAAUUAAAUUUUGUGUAUGAUGUUUUUACUCCUUUGUAUAUUAUAGUGUAAUUACAGAUGACAAAAUGCGAUAAAUUGAGUUAUGGAAUUUUUUGUUGUUUUUUUCUAUUGAAAACAAUUGCAUAAUUAUAUGUUAAGUCUGUGUAUAUGUUAAGCUGAAUCAAUAUGGCUUUAAUUGAUUUUUGUGUCAGUAAUAUUGUUUAUGAUAAUGUAUAUAUUAUGGAGACUUUGCUCAAUAUGAUGUUGACAGUAGACGUCUUAGUGUAAUCUGAUUUGUUUAUUUAGCAAUAUGAAAGUAUAUCAGCUGCACUCUGGAAAAACAGGACUUAACUCAUGCAUAUAAAGUAUCGUCACAUAUUGGCCUUUGCAGUGAGCACAGACUUUUUUGGUUGGACACUUUCCACUUAAAUAGUCGAUCAAUAAAACAUAGGAAACAAUUUCUAGGCUAUCAACAAAACAUAGGAAACAAUGUCUAGGCCAUUAAUAAAACAUAGGAAACAAUUUCUAGGCUAUCAAUAAAACAUAGGAAACAAUGUCUAGGCUAUCAAUAAAACAUGAAACAAUGUCUAGGCUAUCAAUAAAACAUAUGAAACAAUGUCUAUGCUAUCAAUAAAAAAUAUGAAGUAAUGUCUAAGCUAUCAAUAAAACAUAUGAAACAAUGUCUAGGCUAUCAAUAAAACAAAGGAAACAAUGUCUAGGCUAUCAAUAAAACAUAGGAAACAAUGUCUUAAUGUUUUAAAAUUAGCAUAGGGAACAACUGUUUGUCUAUAGGAACCAAUGUAUGGAUAGCUCAGUAUCCAUAGUGACAAUCUAUAGAACACCAGUUUGGAAAUAUAACAUGUUUUGCUAUUUUUUUAGGUUAUUGAUCUGUUUUAAAAUUAGUAAGUAUUUAACCAAUAUAACCUCUUUUAGCUCAGGUGUACCUAUGCUUAGAAAUAAAGUUUUACAUUUUAUUUGAUAGGUCUUAAUAUUUAUCAUUUCUAAUAUGAUAUCAUGUCUAUUUCAUUUCCUUGCAACUCGAUAAUAACAUAAAUUCACUCUAACUGUGCAAACUUUUGUUCAUGUAGUGUUUGAUGUUUUAAGUCUGUUUUUCAAUGAUUUUGAUGGUCAAAGAAGAGUUGUAAGAGUUGUUGAUUGAUGAAUCAAUAGUUCAUCAAUGCGUCUUUUUAACCCAUUUAUGCCUAGUGGACUCUCCCAUCCUUCUAAAUUGGAUCAAUUUAUUUCCAAAAUUAGGGAUGUCUAGUAUAUUUAUUUCUAUAUUUAGAAUAUUUCCUACAGAAAUUCCUUUAAGCAAAUAGCGCAUACCCUGAUGAGACGCCGCAUCAUGCGUCAUCUCAUCAGGGUCUACGCUGUUUGCCAAUGCCAUUUUUCUAGACGCUAGGCAUAAAUGGGUUAGUUAUGUAUUAUAUUGAUCUUAUAAUAUUAGUUUUUUCGUGGCAUAAUUGUGCUCAAUUUCAUUGAUUUAUUGGUAGGAAAUACAAAAUGUAUUUUAUGAUUGUGCAUUUAUUGGCAUGGUAAUCUACGAUUGAAAAUUAUAUUUAUCGUAUCAACAUUAUAGGAUAAUUCACAUAUGUGCAGUGUAAGUGUAGCCGGGGUUUGAGUUUAUAAAGCAACCUGGGUUUUACGUUCCAAGCUUUUAAUACUAUAUAAAGUAUAAAUGAUGUAAAUGAUGGCCUGAAACAUGAAUAAGAAUCAUAUUAUAAUUAACAAAUGACAAUUAUAAUAACAAUUUAAAUUAUUCAUUGUUAUACAUAAUAAUAUGCAAUACAAUACAAUUACAAUUCAAGAAAAUACAAUUAUAUAAAAUAAUAUGCAAUACAAUGUAAUUCAAGAAAAUACAAUUAUAUAAACAUAGAAUAAUGCACUCACCAGUGACCUCAAGACUUGUAGAAAUUGGCAAUUGGAAAAAGCCAACUACCUCUUACAAGGUUUUACAAACAACUGACCAAAUGUUUAGUUAAAAUUUACAAUUAUAUAGAUGACCAUGAAAUCAUCUCACAAUAAAAACAUGCACUGUUAGUAAUUAAACUCACUCAUACAUCACAAAGUAUCUCUCCCACUGAACUUCUCUCAGUCUUGAUUGGGUUAGUAUUGUUAAAAGGAUUAGUGUCAGAGUGAAUACCCUGUUACAUAAGUACAUGUAGAUAAAUGUGUUACAUUAUUAUUUGAGUCUUGCUCUGUGCAAAAGGGGGUUUAAUGCAUGUAUGUAAAGUGUCGUCACAGAUUAGCUUGUGCAGUCAGCACAGACUAAUCAGGGACGACACUUUCUGCCUAAACUAGAUUUUUGCUUUUAAGAUACUUUCUUUACAAAAAUAUCAUUAAAGGGGAAAGUUCAAGGUUUGAUAGCCUACAUUAAUAAAAUGAGUCUUGCAAUUUUAACUCUUUCAGUGCUGGAACUGAAUUUUGAAGGCCUUUGCAAACAGUUUGGAUCCAGAUGAGACGCCACAGAACGUGGCGUCUCAUCAGGAUCCAAACUGUUUGCUAUUCUGAUAGUAUUCUUUGAAAAAAAUCGUAGAAAAUGCUAAUUUUAGGAAUUCAGCAGACAACAUUUUAGCAGACAACAAAUUUCCCAGCAUGCAAAGGGUUAAUCAAUGUAUCUGUAUAAUACAUUCAAUAUCACCAAUUGUGCUCUGUUAGCUUAUUAUUGUGUAUACCGGUAGAUCUAUUUACUUGAUAAUUAAAUAAUUACAUCUCUUCUAAUUGUUACCAUAAGUAAUCAUAAUUACAACUUAUAUUUCAUGAACAAGUUAAACAAUUAUGUUGUUGUUUUUAUGCUCCCCCUAAAUUUUUGGGGGGAGCAUAUAGUCGCCGCUUCGUCUGUCCGUGCGUGUGUCCAUGUGUCCGUCCGUGCACAAUUUUUGUCCGGGCUAUUUCUCAGCAAUUAAUGACCGGAAUUUAAUUAAACUUUAUCGGAAGCUUCACUACCAAGAGGAGAUGUGCAUAUUAUCAGCUGGUUCUGGUCGGAUGAUUUUUCACAGAGUAAUGGCCCUUUGACAUUUUCCAUUAACUGUACAUAUAGUGCAAUUCUUGUCCGGGCUAUUUCUCAGCAACUAAUGACCGAAAUUCAAUGAAACUUUAUGGGAAGCUUCACUACCAAGAGGACAUGUGCAUAUUAUCAGUGGGUUCUAGUAAGAUGAUUUUUCACAUAGUUAUGUCCCUUUGAAAUUUUCCAUUAACUGUACAUAUAGUGCAAUUCUUGUCCAGGCUAUUUCUCCCCAACUACUGACUGGAAUUCAAUGAAGCUUUAUGGGAAGCUUAACUACCUUGAGGAGAUGCGCAUGUUAUUUGUGGGUUCUGGUUAGAUGAUUUAUUUAGAGAGUUAUGGCCCUUUGAAAUAUUUAAGUUGCUAAACCAUCCAUCGUUUAUUUUGUCCAAAGUUAUGCCCCUCAGACGUUUCCUUUUAUCUGAAUAUAUAGUGAAAUAUUGUGAAGAAAAAAACUUUGGGGAGCAUCACCCGUCUCCGACGGUUUCUUGUUUGUAUUUCAUUCUUCGUACUUUAAUAUUAUUAGUGAUUUUCUGUUUUAGUGAUUUUAGUUUUACCUCAUGAUUUGGUAUAUCAACUGGAAUAUUGUUAUUGAAUGUAUCUGAUUAAACUAUCUUAUUAUUUGCAAAACAUUUCACAGAAUGUUCUGGACAGCUAUAUCGUCUUAUAUGUUUUCAAAUACUUAUCAUAUCUUAAGUGUGUAUAUGCCUCGUUAGAAUAUAGCACUGACAGUGAUAUUACUAUAUAAAAUAAAAUCUCUAUUGUAAGAAGUUGUACUGACCACUACUCAAUAAGAUGAUAUAUGUUGAAUGUGAAAAAAUUAGGCAAGUUAUUGGUUUGUUAAAUAGAAUGGCAUCAUAAUAGGAUACAUUUGUUUGUAAAAUUUCUGAAUGGUCUCGAAAACAAAGUUUUGGCACGGCAGAAUAAUUUUUUAAUGAUGAAUAGAUUUUAUGUGUUUAAAUCUUACAUUUAGUUCAGUAUAGGUAGUUUAGCAUACGACUGAGAAACAAUAAUGUUUUGAAUCAAAGUUUCCAAUAACAUUUAUGCAAUUAGUAUUCUUUCCGUCCACAAUGGUGUGAUACUUUUACUAAUAAAACAUAAUAUAUUUUA